CAAUUCCAGGAGGGACAGAGACUAGACCGUACCAGAGCAAGCAUACCGUACCGGUAGAUCUUAUUCUAGAUGCAUGCUGCAGAUGUCUACUGAGAAUGAAGACAGAGGUCCACACUGGGCCCUCAAAAAGGUCCCCACAAAGCGGUUGCUUCCCAACCCCACCAGUGUGGAGGUUCAUGAGUGGGUCAUGCCCUCUUGCUGCUUCCAACACGAACAGCAGUUUUUGAGACACGGACACUUGUUGCGGUGGAUGGAUGUCGCAGCGUGUUUGUCUGCUGAGAAACAUGCGCGAGUGCCUUGUGUGACUGUAUCGAUUGAUGACAUCAUCUUCAAUUCAUCUGUCAGUGUUGGACAUGUAGUGAUACUCAAAGCACUUGUAAACAGAUCCUUUACAUCCAGUCUUGAGGUUGAUGUGAGGGUGAAAAGUGAGAAUCCAAUUACUGGUGCCCAACAAGACGUCUGCAAUGCUCUGUUUGUAUUUGUGGCCAGACCCAAAGAUGGAAGCAAAGUUAAACUUCCUCCAGUUGCCAUAGAAACAGAAGAGGAGACUAAAGAGCACUUGUUGGCAGGGGAAAGAAGGAGGAAGAGAGUGACUUAUGCUAAGGAUCUGGAACAAUUGCUCACAAAUAUUCAGAGAUUUAAGAUAACUACAACUCGUCGGGACUCUUCUGCGGACAUCAAAAAGAUCUCAGUGUCAAGCACAUGUGUACACACGGUGCAGAUUGUAUUGCCAGUGCAUGCCAACCAUCAUGGCACUACAUUUGGAGGGCAGAUCAUGGAGUGGAUGACUGAUAUUGCUACCAUCUCAGCACUUCGCCUGUGUCGAGCCGCAGUGACGUUGGAAGGAAUCCAGUCCGUCAUUUUUAGAGGGCCCUCACAUGUUGGUGAAAGAGUGUCACUGAAGUCAUCAGUAAACAAAGUCUUCUCCAACAACAGGUUUGAGGUUGGUGUUCGUGUGGAGGGGUACGAUGUCGGUGGAGAGCCAAGACACAUUAACAGUGCUUUUUACAUCUUUAGAGCAGAUCAGGGUGAUUUGAUUAUUCCUGAGCCUGUUAUCGAGUCCAAGGUGGAAGAGGAUAGAGCUGGUCUAGCGUUGGCCAGGCACUGUUUGUGGUUAGACCGGAAAGCGAUCCAAUACGACAAGAGUGAAGUUGCUCUAAACCCUGAGAAUGUGUAUGAUCUAAUAUACAAGUCCACCUCCAAACUUAUGACCAACUACGUACGCAACUAUUGGGAAAUCGUUCAGACAGAACAAACCUUUGAGUUCUGCAAGUUUCAAGAGAAGGAGAACCUCAUUGUUAAAGUAAGUGACAACCUAAGUGGGGUGACAGCCAGUGUCGUCUAUGAGAAGCUAGCCAAUUUUAAGAAUAGAUCAAAGUGGGAUUUCCUUUGCAAGCACAUUAAGGUUGUGAAACCAGUGAGUGAGGAUGACUUUGUAAUUCAUCUUGUGUACAAGACCCUGGAACAUGAGGCAAAGGAGCUUCCAAAAGACUUUGUUCUUCUUGCAUCGAAGAGAAAAACGCAAGGGAAAAAUGGAGAAACCAUUUAUAUGCUAGCGUUCACCUCUGUCACUACUGAAGACCUUCCACCGCUGAGAAACUAUCAGAGAUCCACUGUGUUGUCUUCUGGCUACAUUCUGGAAGACUCCUCACUGUCUCCUAGUAGUCCAUCGUGUAAGCUGACCUAUGUCCAUCAAUUGGGCUCUUCUACCAUGCCGUUCUUUGCACGAGACCUUGUAGGUGUGUCAUCACUUUUGCAGAAACUGUAUCUUAGUUUGAGAGCAUUCAUUUUCUCUUAGCUUAAUUAUAUCUUUGUAGGCAAGUGUUGUAUAAUUAUGUAUAACCAUAUCACCUAGUUGUCACCACACCUUAUACUUUAGUAUGUUCCUGAAUAUUAUUUAAUUAUUAUGCUUCUACAGUUAUAAGUUUCGGC